AUGCUCAGGAUGGUGCUCUGCGCAACGCUGCUCGUGCGGCGCGGCGCAGGCGUGGCGAUGCGAACGGUCGCGUCCCAAGCCAAGCGCAAGAACGCGCCGGCCCAGGCGCAGGGCGUCUUCGAGACACUGAACCGCGAGGCGCGGCCGACGGUGCGGCUGCUCGACCUGACGGAGGGCGAGCCCGUGCCGUACGCCCGGUGCACGGACCUCCAGACGCGGCUGGUCGACGAGUGCAUCGACGGCGCGCGGGACGCGCUGGUCCUCGUGGAGCACCCCCACGUCUACACGCUGGGGCGCGGGGCGACGCACGAGCACGUGUUGUUCGACGCCGAGGCCCCGGGCGCGCCCGAGCUGCACCGGGCCGAGCGCGGCGGCGACGUGACGUACCAUGGGCCCGGACAACUGGUCGCCUACCCGAUCCUCAACCUGCACAACUACAAGCGCGACUCGCACUGGUACCUGCGGGCGCUCGAGGAAGUUGUGGUCAGGGCGUGCGACAAGAUCGGCGCGUCGGGCGCGGGCCGCGCGCCGAAGCACACGGGCGUCUGGCUGGCGGGCCACAAGGUCGCCGCCGCGGGGGUCGCGAUGCGCAAGUGGGUGACGUACCACGGCAUCUCGCUGAACUACGCCGUCGAGAUGGAGCGCUACGGGGCCAUCGUGCCCUGCGGCCUCGAUCCCGUGAUCGAGCCCGUGGGCAGCCUCGACCGGCACCUCGGCCGCGCCGUGGACCUGCGCGGCGAGCUCGUGCCCGCGGUGGUGGAGGCCUUCGCGGACGUGUUCGAGUGCGAGCUGCAGCGGCGGGAGCCUCCGGAAGGAGUGUUGUAAGUCUAGACCACCAUGACGUGUUUUUAUGCGAUGGGGGAGCGAUGGGGUUCGACGUGCAAGUGACGCGCCGUGGAGGCGCGCCCGCAAGCAAUGAAGGGGCAGUUGUUGGGGGAACGGCAUGGUUGGGGGUCAGCUUCACGACGACGUCACGGUGGACGUGUCAGAGCUCUUUGGGGGCUUCUUCUUCUGCGACUUAGCUUUUUCGCGUUCUUCCUUCGCGGCGGCCACUUCGUCCUCCAUCUGUUUCGAGCGCUCCUUCUCAUAUUUGAUAGCGAGUUGGGCGAUGGACGCAAUCUCGUACUCGAGCUGUUUUUCGGUGCGCGUCACGAGUUCUUCCUUCCAGUUGGGCUGGCGAUGCUGGAUGAUGAGACGGCCGUUUCAAAAAAUCUACGACGACGGCAACGCGUACAAGUGCUUCCCGAACGCGACGCGCGCCGCCUGCGACACGCUCAACGGCACGGACAUCGCGGGCCGCUGGUGCGUCCUCAACGGCACCUACACGCUGAUCGGUCCCCUCUGCGAUCCCGACGUGACGGAGUGCGACGAGAUACGCCAGCGCCUCAAGCAGACCUGCGAAAAACCCUACCAGUUCGACGUCGCCGAAGGGGUAUACACAGGCCUCGACGGGACGGACGUCGCCAACGGCACCUUUUGCAUCGUCGAAGGGACGCGGGCCGUCGUCGAACUUUAUGCUUACGGCGCCCCCUGUCCAGGUGUCACAAUCCGCACCGAUGGAUCCAAUGCUGUCUGCAUCGUGAACCUGUCCCCGGACGAUCCGGUGGAGUCGAACGCGGCGACGGGAUCCGUCCCGCGCGCACUCCUCGUCCUUCUCCUCCCCGGGCUGUUGGCCCUCGGCUUGUUGUAG